UCACACACACAUACUACACACGGCUAAUUUAAGAAUCUCUCUCUAUAUGUACCUGCGUUUGUGUGUAGAAUUUUGCACAGCUACGAAAAUGGCAAAAACCAGAGGUGCAGUGUAAAUUAUAUUUUUUGUGUGAAAGAGAGAGAGGGAGGGAGAGAUGGUGAGGGGGAAAGUGGAGGUGAAGAGAAUCGAGAACAAGGUGAAUCAGCAGGUGACUUUCUCGAAGAGGCGAACGGGGCUGCUGAAGAAAGCUCACGAGAUUUCCGUGCUGUGCGAUGCUGAUGUCGGAUUGAUGAUCUUCUCCACCAAAGGAAAGCUCUCUGAAUAUGCUACUGAUUCAUGCAUGGAAAGAAUCCUCGACCGUUAUGAAAGAUCAUCGUCGGUUGAUGGGCAGAAGGCACCCGAUCUUCAAUCUCCGGGAAGCUGGAAUGUAGAACUUGGUAAGCUUAAGACUAGGUUGGAGGUUUUGCAAAAAAAUCACAGUAAUUUAUCGGGAGAUAACUUGGAAAGCCUGAGUAUGAAGGAGGUGCAGAACUUGGAGCAUCAACUUGAAGUGUCUCUGAAAAAACUUAGGUCUAGAAAGAAUCAUCUCAUGAAUGAGUCCAUUUCAAUGCUGCAGAAGAAGGAGAAGGCAAUGCAGGAGCACAACAACUUGCUUUCCAGAAAGAUGAAGGAGAAGGCGAUAGAAUCGACUCCACCAUGUGAAGCGCGAAAUCACAGCACAAACACGCUGUCUCUUGAUCUGGAGCAGCCUCUUAGCUCUUUGAACACUAGUGAAGAGAAUGAGGGCCACGUUGGCCAAAGUGAACCUUGCAAUAAUAAUGGGGAGAUGGCGGCGGCGGCGCCGUGGAUGCUCCACCACAUCCAGAUGCAAGGCCAAAACAGGCAGAUGUAACUGUAUAUUGAAUCGGCUGUAUGUAUGUAUGUAUAAUGUAUCUACCUGCUGUGUGUGUAUAUAUUGUGUAUUUAGAUACUAUUAUAAAACGUACUAUGCAUUUUGCAGAAGAGAAAUAAAUAUUGUUCAUAUGUCUAGAAACAAGUUUGUGUUGAUGCUUAAGGAAUGUUAAUAGAGUUUUUCUUCAACCGUA